AUGACAUUUGAGAAGUUGUACUAUGCCGGGGGUAUUUUAACGUUUUACGGACUGUUGGGAAUCGCACAAGAGAAAAUUACCAAGGCCGAUUAUGAAGAUGAUAAGUUUGUGUAUCAAGCUGAGUUGGUCUUUACGAUGGUGCUUUCGAAUUUGGUAUUUGCCGCUUGGUCUGGUUCGAAACGCGACAAAACUGAUAAAACACCGAAGAUAAUUUACAUUUUAUGUGCGAUAUGCUACGUCACUGCCAUGCUUUCCUCCAACUACGCGCUAAAACACGUCAAUUAUCCAACACAGGUUCUUGGAAAGUCCUGUAAGCCUGUAGCGGUAAUGAUCAUGUGCCUGCUCCUCCGACAGAAGAGUUACAAAUUCUCCAAGUACUUCUGCGUCUUCCUUAUUGUCGCUGGAGUCGUCACCUUUUUGUACAACCCGAAAAAAUCUGCUGCAAGUGGCGAGCUUGGAAGCGGAGAAUUGUGGAUUCUUGCGUCUCUUGCGAUGGACGGCUGCGUUGCGAGCUGCCAAGAAUACAUGAAGAAAAAUUACCAAAGUCCAAAGUCUAAUAUGAUGUUGAAUUUGAACCUGGUCGCGUUGAUUGUUCUUGUUGGACAAAGUCUCGCUAGCGGCACUUUCUUCGGCUUCUUCGGCUUCGUCCAGCGCAAUCCCGAUUGUCUCAAAUGGCUCGCCGCUCUUGGAGUCUGCUCCGCCCUUGGCCAGCAUUUCAUCUUCUCCAUCGUCACUGGCUACGGUCCCCUGCUGUGCUCUAUCGUCACGACGACCCGCAAGUUCUUCACAAUUCUCCUCUCCGUCGUACUCUUUGGCAACAGCUUGACAACUCAACAAUGGUCGGGCUCAGUCCUCGUCUUUGUCGGCCUGGCCCUCGAUGGCUUCCUCGAGUCCAAGGCGAAAUCAGCAGCUGCUGCCCAAAAGAAAAAGUCUAAAUAA